ACUCAUCUGAUAUAAUUCAAAGUGACGUCGAAGAUAAAGAUGAAAUGGUAAAUCUACUUGAAGUUCUAACCGAUUGUAAGACCUGUUGGAAUUCGACUUACUAUGCAUGGCAAAAGAUUUUACUAUUGCACUCAGCAAUGCUUACACUUGUAACCUCUUUACGAAAUAAGCUAGAUGCUGCUUCAAAACGUGAGG